AUCUGAUAUUUGCACACCACCUUUUUGCUGUUUUGCCUGAACCUUUCCCCCUUCCCUUUGCGUUGCUUUGCUUGAGAUCUGUUGGUUUUUCGCUCAUAACCAACACCUGCUGCGCACAUUUACCUCACUACUCUUCCAUUUAAUUGGGUAGUUAUGAUACUUGCUUUUUCUCCCCCCACAGGUCUGCUGAACAAUGGAAACUUCGAGCAGAGCCCAAAGCCUGGUGGCUUGAAGAAAACGGUUAUCCAGGGCAACAAGGCGCUCCCCGGGUGGGAAACCAAUGGGCUGGUGGAGUACAUCUCUGGAGGGCCACAGCCGGGAGGGAUGUACUUCGCAGUGGCUCAUGGUGUUCAUGCCGUCAGGCUUGGGAAUGAGGCCUCCAUCUCCCAGACCAUAGCAGUGAAGCCUGGCUCUCUUUAUGCGCUCACCUUUGGUGCCUCCAGAACCUGUGCUCAGAACGAGGUGCUGAGGGUUUCAGUACCCCCGCAGACCGGAGAUCUGCCCCUCCAGACCUUGUACAGCAGCAAUGGCGGAGACACUUAUGCUUGGGGGUUUAGGGCCAAGGGCCGUGUUGUCAAGGUGACUUUCCAUAACCCUGGUGUUCAAGAAGACCCUGCUUGUGGCCCUCUCAUCGAUGCUGUCGCCAUUAAGGAGCUCUUCCCUCCAUUCCCCACCAGAGAUAACUUGGUGAAGAACCCUGGAUUCGAGGAAGGACCUCACAGGCUGCUCAACACGUCGAGCGGAGUUCUCCUCCCUCCGAAGCAAGAGGACGCCACAUCCCCUCUCCCCGGCUGGAUAAUCGAGUCGCUGAAAGCCGUCAAGUUCAUCGAUGCGAAGCACUUCAAUGUCCCUUCUGGGCUCGCAGCGGUUGAGCUGGUGGCGGGCAGGGAGAGUGCGAUUGCACAGAUCAUUAGGACCAUUCCGAAAGCAACAUACAGCCUGACGUUCUCCGUUGGAGAUGCCAAGAACGGGUGCCAUGGGUCCAUGAUGGUUGAGGCAUUUGCUGCCAAGGACACAUUCAAAGCUCCCUUUGUCUCGGAAGGGAAGGGGAAGUUCAAGACAGUGAGCUUCAAGUUCACAGCCAUGGAAGCGAGGACGAGAAUCACUUUCUACAGCUCGUACUAUCAUACUAGGAUUGAUGAUUUCGGGUCGCUCUGUGGACCUGUUAUCGAUCAAGUCAGAGUUAUUCCAAUUAAGGCUUGAUUAAGCGCCAUGUUUGUAGUAAGUUUGUGUCUGCUAGAUCGUAUUAUUCCAUUUGCAGGCAGGCGCACCUCAGGGAUAGUGAUGUUAAAGAGUAUCUAUCUAUAAUCUUAUUAAAAAAAAAGAUGGUUGUGAAAUUUAUUGGCAGCAACUGAUCAGAUGUGUUGUGCUCCUUUUGUCUUGAUUUUAAAGGAUUGUCUCCUAAAGCUCUGUUUACACUUUGCAUCGUGGGGUAUCUAUCGUAUCGGCAAAGCCUAAUUAUUCGCGGUCUGAUUAAAAUUUCCAUGCUUGAUUGGCGCUCCACAGUUAUCUGGAUCAUGUUCCGGUCCAGCUGUGUUCCCCUCUCCUUAACUUUGUCAUGUGAG